AUGUCGUCCUUCCUACGCGGCAAGCAGGCAGGCAUCCAGCAUGACCUGUCUGCCAGUAUCCGCCCAGAGCUCUUCACCCCAGAUGACCAGGCGCGGUACGGUAUCAACUCGCAGAUCAGCUGCCUCGCAUACGACCCCGUGCAAUCAUUGUUGGCCAUCGGCACGAGCGAGAGCAGGUAUGGCUCCGGCAAGAUUUAUGUCUUUGGGCAGCGAAGAGUGCAGAAGAUCCUCGAGCCUCUACGUGCGACAACCUUCAACGACGUGCAGUUCACCGGCAACCGCCUCGUCAGCACCGAUUCCAAGAACGAACUCGCCAUCUGGGACCUCGACACCGGGGGACGCAUCGGUGUGCAGGUGAUCGCUGGCCACAUCGUCUCGAUCGUGACGGACCCCAUGCUAGACUGGGUCUUUGUCGGCCUGCAGAACGGAGAGGUGCUGGCGUACGACCUGGAUAGGGUCAGUCUAUCCCGUGCUUUCCGGCUACCGAACUUUUGGCACGAGAAGGAACCUACCGUGCGCGCCGUCAGUCUCGUCUCUCUGGCCUUGCAUCCUCGUGACAUUGGCAAGCUGCUCAUUGCAUACAGCCAUGGCGCUGUCGUCUACUCCUUCAAGCAGAACAAGGCCACCCAGUUCCUCCACUACGGCGUGCCCCCAGGUGCCAGCGGAGGCAACAACGUGGGCACUGACAAAAUUCGCUACCCUCGGCUGACGCAUGCCUUGUGGCAUCCGUCCGGCACAUUUGUCGCCACUGUGCACGACGAUGGCAGCCUGGUCUUUUGGGACCACAGGGAAGAGAAGAUCGUGCUGGCGCGCACCCUCAACCAGAUGCACGUUGACCAGCCCGACUCGACGUCUGCGCAGGCCACCUUUGCCGAGCCAAUCACUGACAUCAAGUGGUGCUGCAAGCAGAACUGCGACGACUCCGGCCUUUUGAUCUCGGGGGGACAGCCUGCCGGAGCUGCGCCCAAGAGCAUGACGUUUAUCGAUCUUGGCGUGACCCCCGUCUACGCAACAGCGACAUGGCAAUCGCUCGCGCAGUACUUUCAGGGGAAGACUCACAAAGAACUUCCCUUGCCGGCUGGGGCGCAGGCGAAGAAAUUCCUGCUCAUCCCUCGUGAAUCGCCAUACUUUGCCGGUGCCCAAGACCCCAUCGCCAUCGUUUCACUCUUGACGUCGGGAGAGCUCAUUACCAUGACUUUCCCUUCUGGCUACCCCAUCAGUCCCACAAACCAGCUACACCCUUCAACCUUCUUCGUCCACCCCUUCAUCACAAAAGUCCAAGUGUCGCCGCUCGAGAGGGCGCGCUGGCUGGCAAUGAUGGAGAAGCGCGAUCAGGGCGAACCCUUGCUCAAAGGAGGUGCCGAGGGCCCGCGGCCGCGGAAGCGUUUCGAGGAACGCACAAUCAUCCAGGCAGCCCAGGCCGACAGCACCAUCCGGAUCUGGGACUCGGGACACGCGGACGAGAUUGAGAAUGGGCAGCAGCUGCAGGUCGACAUGGCACGUACGCUGAAUCGGUUUGACGACAUUGAGAUUACGACAAUGAACAUGGCCGGGAACACGGGCGAGUUUGUCGUUGGCACUCGCACGGGGGAAGUCGUCGUGUUUCGCUGGGGACAGAACCGAUUCUACGGCAAGACGGAACGCCCACAACACAUUGAUCCGAACCCCAUGGGCUUGACUGACAUCAGCUCCCGAUCCGAACCUGCUCUUAAGGAGGGCCUGAACCCGUUGGUCCUGUACGAGAUGAUGCAAGGUCCUAUCACUGCGGUGCAGAUAUCAAACGUAGGCUUUGUUGCUGUCGGCUCAGAGCUCGGCUUCCUGUCGCUGAUCGAUUUGCGGGCCCCAGCGAUCAUCUACCAGGCGCCCAUGACGGACUUUGCCAAGCAAGAGAAGCGCACGUCCUUCCUCAAGGGGCACCACUCCAAAUCAGAUGCGCCGCCCAAGGAGUGGCCUGUUGUCAUUGAAUUUGGCGUCAUGACUCUGGACGAGGACAAGUACUCCAGCAUCUGCUGUUUCGUCGGGACGAACCUCGGCAAGGUCAUCACGUUCAAGAUACUCCCGGGCCAGAACGGAUCGUACUCGGUGCAGCUGGCUGGUGUUGUCGCGUUUGACGACAAGAUUAUCUCUCUGAACCCCAUUGAGGCAGAUACUGGCAAGCCGGCCGUCGCAACUGGUGGUAGCGUUGCCGGCCUACGUGAGGGCCGGUCCGUUAACGUGACUGAGAAAGAGAUUCGCAUCUUCCGUCCCGCCAACUCAAAGGGCGCAUCGAAAGAAUUCGACGACAUCCUCUGCGAUGCCGCGAGCGUGGCCGAGCUGGAGCUGCAAGGCUUUGCGGUGAUUGGCGUCUUUGGCGACCAGACAGCCCGCGCCUUUUCUAUCCCUGGCUUGAAGGAGAUCGGCCGCGCGCCGCUGCCCAUGAUCGACGCGGGCAGAAGCACCAACACGACCGUGACGCCCACUGGCGAUGUCUUUGCAUGGACGGGACCAAGCGAGAUGGCGGUCAUCCAUUGCUGGGGCACUGGUCAGUCGCUGCAGCAGUCGCCAGACACCAUGAUCAACCCCAAGCUCGAGUGUCCUCCACGGCCCACCAUCUCCAACCUGCAAUGGAUCUCGGGCACGCAAUAUGUGUCGCCGCUGGACCUAGACCUUCUCGUCGGCGGCCCGGACAGGCCCCCCAGCAAGCGCAUGCUCGAGGCAGCGGCCCAGGAGAAGCGUAACAUCCACAAUGGCGAGGCCGGCGGUCCGUCCAACCCAAGCCAGGAAGGUUGGGGCGACUACCUGACGCGCCAGCUCAACGAACGCACCGAGAAGCUGAACAUUAUGGGGGACAGCAUGGAUGGGCUGCAGCAGCAGAGCCAGGGCUGGGCGACGGACGUGAACAAGUACAUCAGCAAGCAGAAGAGGAGCUUUGUCAUGAACAGCGUGAAGAGCAAGUUCUUUUGA